AAUUCGAUCAGAUCAACUGUUUUCAGUUCUCUUCAUUAAAGAGUUUUACGGUCAGAGCCCCCUCCCCCCUCUCUUCUCUCUCUUUCUCUCUCCACCUACUUUAGUGGCAGAGAGCAAUUGCAGAGCUGCAUUAACUCCACAGUGACUGGGUUUCAAUUUCAAAAGGCAUAAGUAGAGCAGUUAAUAUCCAUCUGCUUUGAUCCCUUCGUUAACUCUCUCUCUCUCUCUCUCUCUCUCUGCCCAUUUUCUGUGUUUUUCCAGUUUGGAUUGAAGAAUGAUCUCUUCCUUUUAACUCUGGUAACCUCAAUUAAUUUUUUUUUUAAUUGGGUUCUCUCUAAAACCCCAAGUUUACGGAUCGCAAUUUUCUAUCUUGUGAUGUUGGUGUGGUGAGAAUUGGGAUGCGCAAUGGCCUAAAGGACAAGAAACAAAGACCAAUGGCAGCAGGUGCCCCUAUCAAAACCCAUAUCCAAAUCCAACCCACCAAAGCCAAACGACGAAAGCGUCGGGAAAUCACCAUUUCCUCCUCCGCCGCCGCCCCCAAUUCCCCCGAACACUCUUCCUCCGCCGGUGAUCUCACCCUUCACCUUCACCUCCGUAAACGAGACCCACCCACCAUUUUCGCCCCUGACAACUCUUGGUGCUGCACUUCUUCCAAGUAUAACCCUUCCCCCUCUCUUCUUCCUCCUUCUCCUCCUCCUCCUCCUCCACCACCACCACCAACACAACAUCAUCAUCAAAAGCUGCAGCGCCCGUUUCCUGUGACCAUUACCGUUAACUCGUCCUCCACUACUACCUCUCUGUUUAAAUCACAGUCGCCGUCGGAGUCACCGGUAGCUGCUCCCAAGCUUAGCUUCUCUCCUGGUUCUCCCGUUAUGGAUUCCUCUAUUUCCGCCGGUAUUUGUGUCAAUGGUGGUGGUGCUUUCGGCUCUUUCCCUUCCAGUUACAGUAAAUUCAACUCCGCCCUUAAUGCCGGGCUCUUAAACCCCAUGUCUCCUCCCCCACAGCCUCCCCUCGAUAAAACCCGAUCGAGUCCGACGCUCUUCGAAAUGAUGGCCAAUGAGCCCGAUUGUCACCCAAGGAACUCCACUACAGCGGAUCUUGCUCCAUUUCUUUCUGGGAAAUCCCAAUUCUCUGUUCAGGAUACUCAAGCAAUGUUGCAGCAACGAGUGGCAGAGAUCUUAGGGAGUUGCAGCCCUGGGAACCAGUUUAACGAUCCCACUUCCAGCGAUGUUAAGCUAACUCUGAGCUCCAAGGAUGGGUUGAGUUUCUCCAUGAACGUGCAUCGCCAUUUACUUGUUGCCCAUAGUAGGUUCUUCGCUGCUAAGCUCUCGGAUCGAUGGUCCAAGCAGCAGCGAUCACUUCCUUACACUAUCGAAAUCUCUGAUUGCGAAGAUAUCGAAAUCUACAUGGAAACUCUGAGGUUGAUGUAUUGUAAGGAUAUCCGGAAGAAGCUCAUGGAGGAAGAUGUCUCCAAAGUACUCGGGAUCUUGAAGGUUUCAGCUGCGAUAGUGUUCGAUGCUGGAGUUCUAUCUUGUUUGGAGUACUUAGAAGCAGCUCCAUGGGCGGAAGACGAAGAGGAGAAGGUGGCCUCGCUCUUGUCGCAGCUUCAUCUGGAAGGGGCUGGAGCAGGGGAAGUAUUGAAGAGAGUGUCUUUGGAAGUGGCGACGGGGGCAGAAGACGGGAACCACAGUAGCAACGAGGAAGUGCUUCUAAGGCUCUUGCAGGUAGUUCUCGAAGGCAAAGAUGAAAAAGCGAGGAGGGAGAUGAAGGGCUUGGUCUCGAAAAUGCUUCGGGAGAACUCGUCCCAGAAUGACCUCAGUAAAGAGUCCCUGUACUCUGCGUUCGAUGGGUGUCUGCAACUCCUUCGCGAGCAUUUCCUCAGGGCGGCAUCAUCGGACCUUCAUGAUGCCGGUCAGAUUGCACGCCAGGCUGACAACCUUCACUGGAUUCUGGACAUCCUGAUCGAUCGCCAGAUCGCGGAGGAUUUCUUGAAGACUUGGGCAUCUCAGGGGGAUCUGUCAGAAGCCCACCCUAGGGUUCCUGCGGUUCACCGGUACGAGGUGAGCAGGGUAACUGCAAGACUCUUCGUUGGGAUUGGGAAGGGACAGCUCCUGGCUUCCAAGGAGGUGAGAUGCUUGCUCUUGCAGACAUGGCUGGAACCGUUUUACGACGAUUUUGGGUGGAUGAGGAGGGGGGCAUCUAAAGGUCUCGAUCGUCACCUGAUUGAAGAUGGCCUCAGCAACACCAUCCUUACUCUGCCAUUGCCCUUGCAGCAGGAGAUUCUGCUUGCCUGGUUCAAUCGAUUCCUCAACUCCGGUGACGAUUGCCCCAAUAUUCAAAGGGGGUUCGAGGUUUGGUGGAGGAGGGCUUUCUGGAAACGGAAUGGCGCACCUGAUCGGCCUCCACAAUUCCGAAUUACCAUCGCCUCUUCCGACCACUCGUGAAGAAGGUAAAAACGAAAAAAGCGACCUCCCCACAUCUCCUUCCACCUUCCUUCCUCCCACUUCUUGGUUCAAAAUCGAGAAUCCGUGGUUUCAGGUUAGAGAUUGAAUGAAAUUGAUAAUUGGGUUUCAUUUGAUUGCGUGUGAUCUGAAAUUUAUUCAGAAAAUGAGAAUUGAUUGUUCAGUGGAACGAAGAUUGGGAUUGGAGAUCUGUAAGCUGGAACUGGUCAAGUCUGACGACUGAAAUAGAAAAUUUCGACGCUCUUCUAUGUUACAGUGAGAAGUAUGAGAUUUGCUUGUAAGGAUUCGUUUCGUUUAUUAAUGUCAAAAGAUAUCUUCUUCCCA